UCAAAAUGGCGCCGAACGCUUGUCACAUACCAUCGAAGAAGAAGCGCGUGUAGCAGUAAUAAUAGUUAUUAUUAUUAUUAUUAUAGUUUUUAUCGGGUGGAAUAAUGUUCCGUGUUGUGUUCAGAGAGCUGUGUGCGUUAAAACCACACAGAAUGAGUUAUAAAGGUGUUUGUGAGACUCAUAAUAAAGGAGGUGAGGAAGGUUUCACUGGAGAACAUGGGGUUGGGGAAAGCAGCUGGAUUUGCGGUUCUUCUACAGCAGUUGUGUCAACAAUACGCCCUAAUGUUCGGGUUCUACAGAACUUCAUCAGUGAAGAAGAGGAAGCGGAUUUCCUCCAAGAACUCGACCCCGGACUGAAGAGAAAAAGAUAUGAGUUUGAUCACUGGGAUGAUGCGAUUCACGGGUUCAGAGAGACGGAGCGGCUGCAAUGGGGUGGAACCUGUGGCCGUGUGGUGGAGCGGCUCCGAGUGGCAGCGUUUCCUGAGGGAAGUCCUUUAUUGGGCCCAGUUCACGUUCUGGAUCUGGACAAGGCCGGGUUCAUCAAACCUCAUGUAGAUAGUGUGAAGUUUUGUGGAAGCAUCAUCGCCGGUCUGUGUCUGCUGUCUGACAGCGUCAUGCGUCUGGUCAGUGUAGAGAACUCUGCAGACUGGGUGUGUCUGCUUUUACAGCGCCAUUCUCUCUAUAUACUGAGAGAUGAAGCUCGGUUUAAAUUUACUCAUGAAAUCCUGAAGGAUGAGGAAUCGUUUUUCUCAGGACGGAGAAUUCCUCGGCAGCGACGUAUCUCAGUCAUUUGCCGGAAUCUUCCACCUUAGCGAAUCCAUUAAUGUCCGACUGUCUGAUCUGUACACAUUUAAAUAAACUCUGGCAAACAAAUUCUUCACAAA